AUGGCCAACAAGCUGGUCUCGGAGAUGCGGCUGCCUCCCCACCUCGCCCACCUCCUCGCCGCGCGCCGCCUCACCACCGCCAAGGACGUGCUGUCGCUACCGGAGGUGGAGCUCAUGGCCCUGCUCGACGCCGGCAUCCUCACCGCCCGCGCCGCCGUCUCCCACGUCAGCGAGUUCGCCUGCCCACCCUGCCAAACGGCGCUCACGCUCCUGGAGGAGCGGGUCAGGCUGGGAGGCGGCGGCCGGCUGCCCACCACGCUCUGCGGGCUCGAUGAGGCGCUGGGCGGAGGCAUCCCCCUGGGGAAGCUCACCGAAGUCGUCGGGCCCUCGGGGAUCGGCAAGACGCAGCUUUGCCUGAAGCUUGCACUGUUGGCAACAUUACCAGAAUGCUACGGGGGCUUAAACGGUCGAGUUGUGUAUAUUGACACUGAAUCCAAGUUCUCUUCACGGAGGAUGAUCGAGAUAGGUCAGAAAAGCUUUCCGCAAGUAUUCAGGCAAGAAGGCUUGGCACAGAAGAUGGCUGGCAGGAUCCUAGUGAUGCGACCAACAUCGUUAUCUGAUUUCACAAAGAGUUUGGAGCAGAUGAAGGUGACUCUACUCCAGAACGAUGUCAAGUUACUUAUUGUUGACAGCGUGGCUGCUCUCACAUCCUCGGACAACGAAAGAGGUACAAGUACGACAGGUUUCACGCAACACCCUCUAAGAUGGGCUCUUUCAUUUCUUAAGUCUAUAGCAGAGUUCGCAAGAAUUCCAGUUGUAGUUACAAACCAAGUCCGCAGCCAAAGUAACGAUGAUGGUUAUCAUUACUCGUUUGAAGUAAAAAAGAUGGGUGAUGGCAAUGGUGUUGAAAGAAUUGAAUCUCAUCUUGUUGCUGCUCUAGGAAUUCAGUGGGCUCAUGCUGUAACUAUCCGUCUAGUCUUCGAAUCCCACUCAGGUCACAGGUUCAUCAAGGUGGCGAAAUCUCCCAUGUCUCCAGCUGUAGCAUUUCCUUUCAUUGUGGAAUCAUCUGGCAUUACAUUGCUAACUGAUGAAGGAAUUGAUGUGUCAGGUCCUGAGAUAACCUCGAUCCGCUGCCAAGGGCAAAAUCUGCUGGGUCUGGGAGAAUGACCAUUUGAAUGCUACUGCAGUUGCAGCAACAUGGACAAUCCUGCAUUCUCAUCUGUUAACCGGUACCAGCUUUGAGAACACACGUGAAUGUAUUUUGGUGCAAACUGUGCUGGUCCUGUGCCCUUUGAAAACUGAGGACGAAUCCUCAACACGUUUGCAUUCGUGGAUCUGCAGGAGAUGAUCGGAAAGAAGCUUAAGAAUGGUGAUGAGUGUGCUUAUGCCACUUCCACUUGUCAUGACGAAAAGCAGAGGCAAGAUAUGUGCAUAGUAUAUUGGGUAGAAGCCUUGUUAGUAUAUAGGUUAGAGUAUUAGGAUUUUCUAAUCUGAUUACGUUUGUUGAAGGGAUUAUUAGUUGCUAGAGAUAAAAAUCUCAUUUUCUCCUCCAGUUUAGAUCAAGUUUCUGUAGACAACUCUGAUUCUUGCAAGUUGUUAUGUACCGCCGCACAACAAUCCAA